AUGGUGUCCAUGAACCUCUACUCCUUGGCGCUGGUGGUGGUCGCCCUGGUGGCGGCGCCGAUGGCCGCAGUGGCCGGCGACCCAGACAUCCUCACCGACUUCAUCGUGCCGGCGCCUAUGGUCGGCAUGCCCAUGAACAUCACCGGCGACUACUUCACCUACACCGGCUUCCACCCGUCCCUGCCGCUGCCGCUGCCGACCUUCACGCUCACCAAGGCCUCCAUGGCGGAGUUCCCCGCGCUCAACGGGCAAAGCGUGUCGUACGCCAGGCUCGUGUUCCCGCCGGGCACCGUGAACCCGACCCACACCCACCCGCGCGCCUCCGAGCUGCUGCUCGUCCUCGACGGUGCCCUCUCCGUCGGCUUCGUCGACACCGCCGGCAAGCUCUACACCAAGGACCUCGUCACCGGCGACAUGUUCAUCUUCCCCAAGGGCCUCGUGCACUACCAGUACAACCAGGGGACAACGAUCGCCGUGGCGCUCUCGGCAUUCGGCAGCGCCAACGCCGGCACCGUGUCCGUGCCCGUCACCGUGUUCGGAACCGGCGUCGACGACGCCGUGCUCGCCAAGUCGUUCAAGACCGACCUGCCCACCAUCCAGAAGCUCAAGGCGGCGCUCACCCCGCCCAAGAAAUAA